GUGUGCUUAUCGGAGCCAUUUGUGACGACGACGACGUUGGAUGCUGGAUGCUGCUGCCGAGGUGACACAGAAGGAAAGGAAAGUGCGUGACGCUGUGCGUGUGUGGUGAAAAUUUCUGUUCCUUGAAAUCGUGCAGCAUCAACCUUUGACGUUUCCGUCACGUGUGAGUUUGAGUGAAAACAACGAAAAGUCAUCACCACCGUCGUCCAUCGUAGUAGGCAGCAGCAAGGAAGAAAAAGAAAAAAAGGUUGGCCAAAAUUUUUCCUCCUCGUCGCGUGCUGUCAGUGUGUGAGAGAUUUUCUUCCCCCUGCGGGGCAGUCAAAGUUGGCGGUGGUGGCAAACGGGUGUGUGUUUGUGCGCACAAUUUGUGUUUACCAGCUGAAAAAAUGCUGUCGGGAUGCCUGUUGAAGCUGGUGUUUCUGGUUGUUGAAACGUCGCGACACUCUCUCCUCUCCACCGCCUGCUGUGUGUGAAGGAUUUGCGACACACACGCGCGCCAACAACAUAACCUCGCUCUCUUGCUCACGGGUUUCGCAAAAAUCUCCGAGACUCCGAGGUUCCGGAACGGCGACAAAACCCUCUCGUCUCACAGUACGGUGGCAGACAUGAAAACGGACGGACGACCUGCGACUGCGUCUCGUACAAGUGACGACGACACUAGCUUAGUGCCCCGGCCGACGACGACGACGAUGAGCGGUGGCGGCCACCGUCAGUCUGCCAGCUGAGCUCAACCGGAACAGUUAGGCGCAACAAUGGCCACGGUCACGGAAGAAGCGGUCCAGCCGGAUGCCUCGCUAGCAUCUCCGGAGCGGGUUGCCGCCUUCAAAGCCGACCUGGUGGCGUUUCUCGGCGAAAAACUCUACUCCCCCGAGCAACCGUGGGACAUUGCAGUGUUCGAGGGAUACGGUCGGGGACUGGUCGCCACGCGGGACAUUGCCGUCAACGAGUUGAUCUUCCUCGAUCGCCCAAUCCUCGUGGGACCUCGCGUCAACAACUACGACGUGAUAUUCUGCGCCAGCUGUUGUCGCAUCCAGAAACGCCUAACGCUCUGUUCCGGCGGCUGCCGGCUGCCAAUCUGUGCCGACUGUGACCGGAGUGCCGCCCCGGAAACCCCCCACACGGCCGAAUGCACCGUCAUCACUUCGUGGCAACCCAAAGACCAAAAACGCUACUGCAAAACCAUCCUGUACGCCCUCACCUCCAUCCGCGCAAUGCUCCUAAACGACCUCGAGUCCCGCAUCGUGUUCAACAUGGAAGGUCACGCACCCCGCAAGGACAUGAUCACCGAGAUCGAUCGUCUGCUCAAAGAUCAAAUCUUCGCCAACCUCCCCGAGGGCAGCGCCAACCUCACCUUUCUGCGCCGCAUCGUCAACGUGCUCAACACGAACGCCUUCGAAACGUUCCGGAUCGUGCAGGACGAGGAAAACAACGAUCACGAGAUCAUCCUGCGGGGCCUGUACAUCCUCGGUGCGCUCAUGAACCAUCACUGCUUGGCGAACGUGCGGUACGUGUUUGACGAGAACCAGGUCAUGUGGUGUCACGCGUCGCGCCCAAUCCGGAAGGGCGAACAGAUCUUCAACAACUACUCCAAGGUGCUGUGGGGAACGCAGCACAGGAUCAUUCACCUGUGGUUCUCGAAGCACUUUCUGUGCGAGUGCGAGCGGUGCCGGGAUGUGACGGAGCUGGGCACCUACCUCGGCGCGCUCAAGUGUGUCCGCGAGCGCUGCCCGAACGGCCGGCUGGUCUCGCUGAACCCGCUCAAGAUUGCGUCCGCCUGGCAGUGCGACAAGUGUGGCCUCCAGAUGGGCAACCUGAAAGUGACCAAGAUCCAGGAGAUUGCCGGCCGGAUGGUGCUGAACAACGCCAUCAAGCGGGACGAGGCCGGCAUUCUGGAGUACCUGAACGACCACGUGUCGCGCUUUCUGCUGCCGUGCAACCAGUUUACGGUGGAGCUGAAGCUGCAGGCGAUCCGGAAGAUCCAGGGCGAGGCCUGCUUGGAGCAUUUGGUGGAGAAGGAGCGGUUCUGUCGGGAGAUUUUGACCAUUUUGGAGCAGCUCAAGUACGGGGAGUGCUUUGUUAAAGGGGUGUUGGCCUACGAACUGUUCAAGGUUCGCAUGACAAUCGCUCAGCGGCGGGAUGAGCAGGGGUGCUUCCCGGAUGAACCUGCACUGGACAAUCUGCGCACGGCUUGGACCAUUCUGCAGCACAGUGGCAACCGGCCACGUGAUUUGGACCAACUCGCACAAUGCUACGGUUGUAACGUUUGACGUGGUGUGGAAACAGACCAAUAGCAGCAGCAAGAUUGAACUACUUCAAGGGUUGCUUAGAUUCGGCACACACGCAUACAUGCGAGAGCACGUGGAUUUGAUGGCACGCGCACCGAUUUUGCUUGCUCGUAGCACCGCAGGAUUUGUAGGAUUUGAUUGAUAUGUAAUUGUGCAUUUAGGACAAAUUUGCUCACAUCGACCGGAACGGGACAGCUGCUGUGACAGGAGAGGGGCUGACAACAAGCGAAAAUGACACUGACACUGACACUCGCUCGCAUCUUCUGGGUCUAAAUUUGAGACUUUUUUUUCAAAAAAGGAAAUUUUUAUAUCUCGGGAAGACAUACGUCGCUCCAAAGCCGCGACAGUGGCGUAUAAAUGAAGAUAAACAAGUACACACUACACACAUGUGGAUUGACGCACAAAGACUGGCACCUUUCGCGCACCUCGUUUUUUUCUUCUUCUGUAACAUCUAGUUUUUCCACCUUUAAAAUCUCCCUCGUCCCUCUUCCCCCCUUUCUCCUUGAUGUGUGAACGUUUGACACCAAGGAACAAGUAUCUAUUUCCACCCAUUACACCUAAAAGCCGCGCGGAGAAAAUGAUACAUAACCGGCCACCUCCAAAAUCCCAUUUCUCGCGAGAAAAGAAAGCAAAAAAAAUCAGAAGGUAAAAACUGAAAUAAGUCGUUUGUUAUGAAAUUUCCCCCCUUGCGCACGGAAAGAAAAGCAAGAAAACACGCUGGCAAGCGCCAUCUUUUCGCCCAUUUCUCAGCAAUCUUGUUUCUCCUGAAAAAUCUAUUUUGAAAAUAUAUCGCAGUAGGCGACAACGGCAGCCGGGCGCGAUCGCGCCCUCACACAUGCAUAAAUAUGCGCCGUCUGACAAAAAUAUCAAACACACUUUUCUCCCUCUCCCACUUUUUACAGCCAAAUCUCAUUUCUCCUCUGCCUUUUAGUCUAGUCCAAAUGUUCCAAAAAAA